AUGGCUGCUACUGCUGCUACCCAGUCAGCUUUGCUCCAGGAAAGACAUCCCGUCCUGGCCACCGCCCGGACUACUCGUCCUCGACCACUGUCGGAGGCAACCGAAAUCUUUGACACUGACACCGAAUCUGACUUCGGCUCAUACGAAGAUGACUUCUUCUCAAACGACUCAUCUCAGAGGAGUGUUGGAUCGCUAGACGAAAGCGUGACUACUGCAUCGAGCCCGGAUGAUGCUAAGACCCCAGAGUCCACAAGCCUCGCUGGCUUCCAUUUUCACAUCGACGAGAGUCCUGUCGCAGGGCCCGUCGGCCCACACCUCUUCCAUUCCUCGGAGGGAUUUUCGAAGACGGAACCCAUGUCUCCCAUAUCACCUUCCUGCGACUAUGCCCCGAACUCCUAUUCGGAACAAAGGGAAUUUCCAGUGUCGAACCAUACCUCGCAGCCUGCUUCGUGGCUAGGGGGAACGGACGUGGAGAGCUGGUCGCCUCACCAUGUUGUCAUAUGGAUGCACCAGUUGGGCUUCGACGAGGAGAUCAUUGAGAAGUUCUUCAUCAACGACAUCUCUGGCUCCAUUCUCAUGCAACUGCAACCAGAAGAUCUCAAGGAACUUGAUAUCCAAUCCUUCGGGAAACGCCAUCGCUUGCUGGGAUGCAUCCGCCAGCUUCGGAACAGUGCGUCGGCAUCUGAAGCCAGUGACUCGGAUGUCCCUGCUGAGAUGACAGUGCGCGAAGCAACAGCGACACCGCAGACAAACGUGGCGGAGGUUGGCGUUAACUAUAAUGAAAGCUCAGUUUCGGGCCAAGAGAAGUCUGACUCCAGGUCCAAAAAGGAGCACCGACACCGCCGACACAAGCGCCGUCAUGAUGUUGUUCCAGAGGACUCAGUCUCCAUCGUUGCGAUUGAGCAGCUGCUGCCAAAACGCCACACUUGUUCCAAGGGUGAAAACUGCGCAAAGUGGCAAAAGCAACAGGCCAAGUUGGCUCGCUUGGCAAAGGACCUCCCCAUUGAGUCGCUUGGUGGUUCUAUUCUUCUCAGAGGCGACCCUGGUAACGCAGCAAAUGCUCAGACCCUGGUGAAGACGCCAAGGUCCGAUGUUACCCCUUCUCUUGUCGCUUCUUCCGACGCCCUAGGUCCGAGCCAGGGCCCUGCGCCCCAUCUGUCGGAGAACGCUUUGAGCAAUGUACAGCCCCGCGAUCCCCAGGAGAACGUCCGCAACUUCCUCAACUUCCAGCGCCUCAGUCGGCUGCAGCCUGCAAACAACCCCCCCAGCCCUCCAAAGGAAUUCCUGUCCCCAGAGGCCGACUCACCAGAUUCGGCUACGACCAAUCUGUCUGAGAAUCUUCGUCAUCUCCCUAAGCUGCGUAUUCCCAAUACUCGUUCGUCGGAUAUGGUAUCUCCCAACUAUUCCGCACAGCGCACCAUCACACCAUCGAUGGCACAAAAGAAGCACCUAUUUGCCCAGCAAACGCCUCAACCGUCUCCAGCUCCUUGGUCGUCGAUCUACUCCCCUGGGGACUUCUAUCGGGCUGAUCCUCACUACGGGCAAGCCACUCCCUUCUCCGAGAUGGAUGUCCCUAUCACUCCAGCCCGGUGGGGACCAGUGGCCCGGGAUGCCUCUCAGUCAGUGCCACCGGACAUGCGCUUUGGGGGAGAAGACGAGCAAAUGGCCGACCCCAUUCCACGUCCUGCCUCUACCAAGGUUGGGAAUCAUCGCCGCAACCCAACGUUUCAGCGAAACCAAAUCUUUCCAACCCUAGAUCGUCUGGAUGAGGGCGAGAUGUUGAGGCCAAUUGAAACUCCGGAAGACCUUGAGAGGACUCCCCGUGCAGCCCACUGCCGGAACAACCCCUUUUCUCCCACGAGCGGCAAUGCCAAUGACGCUACCCAUAGCGGUUGGAUGAAGAAACGCAAGAACACCCGGCUGUUGCGUCACUACUGGGAAGACCACCACUUCACUCUCAAGGGUACCCAGCUCGCCAUGCACGAGGACGAGAAGGCUGCUCAGCUGGACUCCAAGGCCCUUGAAUGCAUUGACGUGGAUGACUACGCUGUUGCAUGCUCGUCCCUUCCUUCGAACUCCAAGCUGACGGCUGCGUUCAAGAAGACACUCCUCAAGCGCAAAGAUGAUAACUUGGGAGAUGCUGCAUUUGCUUUCUCCCUGAUUCCCUCGCCCAAUGGCACUAGUGGUCAGGAGCGGAAGGUCUUCUUCAUGAAUGGACCCAAGUCGCACCACUUCGCUGUAAAGACAAGGGAUGAGCGCAUUGACUGGAUGAGGGAGUUGAUGCUUGCCAAAGCCCUUCGGAGGGGCCGCGAGAGCGGUGCUUCCAUCAAAGUCAAUGGCGGAGAUGUUUUGUAA